AUGAAACGAGUGAUCCUGCCUGCCUGGAAUUGGGAAAGGAACCUGGGAUCCUUGGACCAGAAAAGGCGGAUGUCAGGAAUAUUGAACAAAAGCAUUGCAAUUCGUUCAAGGCCCAGGCCGAAAGCCCAACCAAUUCGAUGUGGAACGCCAGAGGAGUUGAGAAGCUCUUGCUUGACGACACCACAACCUAGUAGUUCUAGCCAUUCGCCUUGCCAGAAGACUUCAAGCUCGAAGGAUGGGCUAGUGAAAGGGAAGUAUGCCUCGAUCCAUCUGAUUUUCAAGGGUUCUUGUAUAGCAUCUGGGUUCUCAGUGGCUUCUUUAGCAGCAGAGAAGAUUCUUAUGACGAGCAGUUCGAGAGACCGCUUAAGGUGGGCGGUAAUUGCCUCGGCUUCCUCUGCAGUAUGA